AUGGGAGACAGACUGACUCAAUUACAAGACGCUGUUGACCAGUUGGCGCAGCAGUUUGUCGCAUGCAUCCACUACAUCAACCAGCAUCACAACCUCCAGACCCUGGGGCCAAACGACGAGGUCCGGCCUUCCACCAAGACACCUGAUCAACAGGAGGUCGACCCCCAUCCAUCAGACGUAUUCAAGGCCAAUCAAAUCGAGCUCGCCCAAGACCUCAUCACCAAGGAACAGCAGAUUGAGUAUUUAAUCUCAAUACUGCCUGGUCUGGACAACAGCGAGCAGGACCAAGAGCGCAACAUCAAGGAGCUCGAGGAAGAGCUCAAGAUUGCCGAGGCGCAGCGUCUCGAGGCAAUGGGCGAGCGCACAGCCAUCAAGAACAAGCUGGACGAGGUUAUUAGGAGUAUCCGCCGUCCAUGA